AUGGCAUCUUUACCAUAUAUCAUCUUUGCUGCAGCCUACCUCUGUCUAAUAGUGGCUAAACCAGAUGAUUGUGUUGAUCUCCAAAAUGAAGAAAACGACGUAUCAAUUCUUGAAUACGAGGCAUUUAAGUUAACAGUGUUUUAUACAAUGGAUUUAUUGAACCCUGAUGAUUCAUUUUUAUUUGAAUGCAACAAGAAUACUGUUACAGUCACAAAUCAAAGAUUGCAAAAUGAUCCAAAUAGACCUUUUCUUUGUUUUUUGCCUGCAACACUGAGAGACUCUGGGACCUACAUCUGCUACUUGUGGAAUGCAUCUUAUUGUGUCAUGGACAUUUUUCAUAUACAAGUGCUUCAAUUAUCCCAUGGUCAGUGCUUUCAUGAGAAUUUACUUGAGCUGCCUCAAACAGAAUCUCCUGGUUCUAUAUUUAUUCAUUGCCCUGAUAUAGAAGACUAUUUUCAACCAUUAUCAGUUCUGCAAUGGUUCAAGGAUUGUAUCCCUAUUACAAUUGACAAUAAAAAAUAUUUUAGUGAUGAUAAUAAACUGACAAUCAGCAAUGCAGAUGAUGAAGAUACUGGAAAUUACACAUGUAAACUUGAAUACAAGUAUCUUGGGAAGAAAUAUAAUGUAACAAGAACAACGCAACUAAAAGUGAAAGAAACAAUAAACAAUCCAACACAACCAGAAAUGAUAAGUCCUAAAAAUGAAACAAUUGAAGCAAGACUUGGCUCAGAGCUAAAUAUGACCUGUGAAGUUCUUCUGGGAUCAGGCAAAGUGGAAGCAUUUUGGGGGCUUACCUGGAAAAUGAAUAACACUGAUAUUCCCGAAGAUAUGGUCAGAAUUAAGCAAGGAAACAAAAUUGACAAAAAAGAAGCUAAGCAUACAGUAGUAUCUUUGAGAACUUUAUCAAUCUCCAAAAUCAUUGAAGAAGAUUUUCAAACCACAUUUGAAUGUUUUGCACAUAAUCCACGAGGCAAUAGUCAUGGCUUUAUAAAAAUUAUACCUCAAUCCACAGAUUGGGUACUUCAUGUGAUAAAGGUCUUUGUUCCGUUGAUUUUCAUGACUUUGGUCUGUAUAACAAUCUGUAUGACUUGCAAAGUGGACAUUGUCCUUUGGUAUCGUGAUGUAUUUAAAUCCCACAAAUACAUUGAUGAUGGUAAGAUGUUUGAUGCAUAUGUCAUCUACCCAAGAUGUGAGAAUAAAGGUUCUCUCAAUAACUGUGGUGCAAACCACUUUGCUCUUCAUACUUUGCCGCAGACCCUUGAAGAAAAGUAUGGCUACAAACUGUUCAUUUCUGGCAGGGAUGAUCUUCCUGGUCAGGCUGAGGUUGAAGCUAUUGAAGCAAACAUAAGGAUCAGCAGAAGAUUGAUAAUCAUUUUGGCUCAAAAACCUUCAGUUAAUAACCAAGCAUACUGUGGAUUUGAACAGCAAGUUGGAUUAUAUAAUGCUUUAAUCCAGAAUGAAAUAAAAGUCAUUCUAAUUGAAUUGGAGAAAAAUGAUUGCUUGAAUCACUUCCCAGAAUCCAUAAGACACGUCAUUCAAAAAAAUGGCACUAUUAAAUGGAAACCAGACAGAAGAGGCAAACCAGAGAGAUCUUAUUCGAGAUUUUGGAAACAAGUGAGAUAUAAAAUGCCAUUGAAAAGCAAGUCUUCAAUGUCCACUGUGUACAAUUCACAAAUAAAAUUCAAGUUGGGUGACACAUAAUUACUGGAAAAUGAACAGGACUGAAUCUCUUUUGAUUGACCUAAAGUACUUCUGCUGUGCUGGAAAAGGGAUACUGACGUGGCAUAUAUCGCAUUUCCAAAUGACAAAACAACAUUAAAGUUGAGUUUGACUUUUUUCUUGCUUUUGAAAUAGAAGUUUAUGUAACAUUUUAGUGCCUGUUAAAGUAUUUUUUAAAAUGAGUUUUAUUCAGACAUUUAUUACUGUAAAAUAUGUAAAGAUAUGUUUUCGUUAUGAGAACCCCUGGCAAGAAAAUUAUCUCAUCAGAAGCAAAUAUUGGACUCUCAUUUGCAGACGUUUCAUUAUUUUGCAAUCUAGGAAAAUUACCAAAUACAAAAUUUUGGGCUAUAUGCAUAUAUAUAAUGUCCCACAAAAUUUCAGC